AACUUGUCUGCCUGACAUCAGGAUCAGCACUACAAAAAAAAUUCAAGGCCCACUCCGUCAGUCACUCCGUCAGUCAGUCCGUCUAUUAUCAUUGAUAAGAGGGCCUUUCCUUCAUCUCCCAUCUAGCCAUCCUUCUGGUGUGUGAGUCACGUCCAGCAUUCUUCUCUAGUCUGUGAGUGGACAUUUCCUCGCCAUCGCCGUUUGAUCAUGGCAUCCCCUCACCACCUGGCACUCCCACCCUUGCCCGUCUCGCUCAAGGCCAUCGCCCACUCCUUGAAGACCGCCUCCGAGCACGAAAACCGCGAUCCCGUCGUCACGUAUUGGUGUCGGUUAUCCGCCCUGCAAAGCGGACUCAAGCUCGACAAAGGCUCGAAAGAGGCCAAGGCUGUGCUGAUCCCACUCAUGGAUUGGCUGGAAAAGGAGAAGAAGGUCUUGGCCGGCCAUGAGGCCAUCACGUCCGAGGUGGUGGCCAGUGCCUACAUUGAGAACUAUGCAUUCAAGUUGUUCGCCUGGGCCGAUCAACAGGAUCGUGAUGGUCAGUUUAGCAAGAAUGUGGUCAAGUCCUUCUAUUCGGCCGGGAUUCUCUUCGAUGUCUUGACCGUGUUCGGCGAACUAACGCCCGAAAACGCUCAUGCUCACAAGUACGCCAAAUGGAAGGCGGCUUACAUUCAUAAUUGUCUGAAGAACGGGGAACGGCCCGUACCCGGUCCCAUGGGUGGCGAAGAGGGGAGCGUUUCAGAUCCUUCGGAAGGCGCUCUGGGGUGGCAGGACCCGAUGGGCGGAAGCUUAACACCGCAAAUCCCGCCACAAUCCCAUCAAUCGGAACAUUUGAAUCCGGAAGAGGCUGAGAGUAAACCCGUGCCAUCGCCCAGAUUGUCCAAAGUAGAGGCCGUGGCUCCCGCGGCUCCUGCGGCCUCGGAGGACGAACCCACUACUCCGUGUGGCUUGACCCCGGCCCAGAUCAUCCAAACGCAGAAGUUGUGCAAAUAUGCGUCAAGUGCUUUAGAUUACGAGGACACCGCCACGGCCAUUGACAACCUUCAGAAGGCUUUGAAGUUACUGAAAACUGGCCAAGAGAGUUAAAAUGAAUGCAAUAAAAGAUACUGUAAAUAAGAUAACCCAAUGCGCCCCCUGCUCGGUUUUAAAUGCGAAUGCUAUUAUUAUUCUAGA